GUUUGCUUCAAACAUCUGAUUGUGCCGCAUGUGCAUUGCCGGCGAGCGUGUCUAGCAGCUAGUGUUCUUUUUGAGUGAUGUUGAAUCCAUUUGGUGUUGGUCUUGAAUCUUAAUUAUUUUCUCUAUACGGUGUGUCCUAUACGACAGACCUUUAUCACGAAACGAGAAACAUAUACCGUGGGUGCAUUUUGUGAAGUUACCAGAGCCUAUCGUAUUUUUCGUGCUCCGCUGUCCAAAUUUAGUGUUUAUUUACAUUCCAAUUUCAACUGUUCUGUGCUGUGCAUAUGAAUAGUAGGUAAAUCACGUUUCCUGCGUGGUCUCCCCGGUGCUUCGUAUCAAACAACAUUCAGGUUCAACAUACACAGAGUGUAGUGCUGUUAGGCGUGUUUCAUGAGGGGCAAAUGCACCUGCACAUAGAAGAACCCCAGUUCCAAAAAAUGUAAAGCCAGUGAUCGUAAUGAAAACUGCCAUUAUCGUCACAUUAAGCCAACAAUAAAGGAAGUGUUCAAUGUGUGCAAACAAGCACAAAGAAACGAAAAUCAAUGCGAUAAUUGCGAUAAUCAUCUCGUGUCAACUGUGACAAUCGUCAGGAAAGCAAUUUCAGCAACCAGAGAGUCACACCCGGCUCCGGAAUCGGUUGCUUCGUGGAAAAUCGAUAUCACCAAAUCGUGCCGCAUAACAGCAGCCUCCCAUCUAGAAGAGAAGAAUCUUUAUUGCAGUUUGCGCGUGUGUUUUGCUUUGUCGUACAUUUCUGUAACAUUAUUCAAUAUUAUAGAAAAUUCCAAGUAAACUAAUUGUGAUAGUGUUGUAACUGAGAAAAAGUGCUUAAAAAUCUCGGUGGAAAAUUCCUAUGACCGUAAUAGGAGUGUGCCUAAAUUCAACAAGAAAAAAAUCAAGGUUGCGGGCAAAUCUGCGAAGACCAAAGAGCUAAUAUCCGACGAAAGUGAGAAAAGCAAGAAACAAGCGAGCAAACAGAGAAUAUUGCUGGUGCUGGACUGGCUGGCGGCUAGCGACCUGGUCCGCGUUGCAGUGAAUCGAGCCGUGUGACUCACCCAAACAAGAAAAUCCAUCGUAUUCUUGAGCGAAAUGUUGUGUUGCAAUAUUUGGAUUGCUUGAACCAGAAUAAUUACUGCAGUGCAGGCGUAAACUGAACGGCUAUUCCAGUUUGGACUUUUUUAUUAUGCCUAUAUCUGACAAACCUCGACUAAAUCAUCCUUUGAAUGCCAAAAAACCAACCCCUAUAACACCAAAUCCGUGGGUAACGGGUGGUCCUCCCGGUGGAAAGGACGCCGUCCUGGUGUUCCGAACCAGCGCUCUGUCGCCGGUGAAUUCCAGCACCGAUGUAUCCGAAAGCGGCACAGCAACGGGAGCAUCCGAUACGUCUGACGAAAUUACUGCUCUAGCCGCUGCCUCGAGUUCAACGGGUAACUCGAUUAAAGAUCCUACCGGAACCCCUAGUGAUAAGUUAGCCAAUCACUCGAAAGUACUUGCAUCACUGCCCAAAAAUUUUAACGUUCAACGAAAAUCAACUAGUAUUAGUAGCACCACUAGCAACGACGAAGAGGAAGAGGAUGAUGAAGACGACGAGGAUGAGGAUGACGAGGACGAAGACGAUGAUGACGAGGCGGAAGGAGAAGCAGAAGCUGAGGAGGACGACAACGACGAAGCGGCCACUUCGCAGGACGAAGCCGGGCCGUCCGUUCCGACUACUGGUAACAGUAACAAACCCAAAAAGCGUCAACUUGAGUCGUCUUCCUCGUCUAGCUCGCUGAGCAACGCCUCAGUCACCGGUCAGGAAGGGGAUGAGAUCGAGCCGGAUUUGCCUACGUCGAAAUCGGAACCGUUGCUAGCCGUGGUGGAGAAAAAGAUGUCCCGAAAGAAUCAGGAGAACAAAGAAAAUCAAAACGUAGUCAAAACGGAGAUGCCGGCGGCGCAGUUGAACAUCUUCUACAAGUUCAUCAAUACGGAAACGCGAUUACUGCGGAAGAUACUGAAUGCUCAUGGAAUGGGCGAGAGUGGUUCCGAUAGCAAUGAUUUCAACCUGCUGUGGACGGGAAUACAUCUGAAGCCGGAUAUCUUAAGAAAUUUGGCGCCGUAUCAGCGAGUUAAUCAUUUUCCUAGAUCCUACGAACUAACGCGCAAAGAUCGGCUCUACAAAAAUAUCGAAAGGAUGCAGCAUUUGCGGGGCUACAAGCAUUUCGAUAUUGUACCGCAAUCCUUUUUGCUGCCACAGGAUUACAAAGAACUUAUUGCUGCCCACAACAAAUGUCGUGGUCCAUGGAUCGUCAAACCGGUUGCAUCUAGUCGGGGUCGCGGAAUUUUCAUAGUCAACUCGCCGGAUCAGAUAGCUUCGUACGAGCAAGUGGUGGUCGCCAAAUACAUUACCGAUCCGCUCUGUAUCGAUGGUCACAAGUGCGACAUCCGAUUGUACGUAGCAGUGACAUCUUUUGACCCGCUAAUCAUCUAUCUCUACGAGGAAGGCUUGGUUCGCUUGGCCACGGUGAAGUAUGAUCGUGGUGCGGAAAAUCUUUGGAACCCUUGCAUGCAUCUGUGUAACUAUAGCAUCAACAAGUAUCACACGGAUUACAUCAAGUCGAACAAUGCAGGCGAUGAGGAUGUGGGCCACAAGUGGACGUUGAGUGCCUUGCUGAGGCAUUUGCGUAGUCAAGGGUGCAAUACAGAGCAGCUGAUGUUGAACAUCGAGGAUCUUAUUAUUAAGGCAAUCUUUUCCUGCACGCAACCGAUCGUUUCGGCUUGUCGAAUGUUCGUGCCGCAUGUCGGAAACUGUUUCGAACUGUAUGGGUUCGAUAUACUGAUAGAUGACACGCUGAAACCGUGGUUAUUGGAAAUUAAUCUCUCGCCUUCGCUUGGCUGUGAUACUCCUUUAGAUACAAAAGUAAAAGCUUGUUUGCUAACCGACCUGCUAACGAUGGUAGGCAUACCAGCGAUUAGUCCGCUGCAGAAAGCAUGUUACGAUAGCAAAGGGCAGAAGAUUAGGAAUCUUUCGACGCCCUAUCGGCGGGUAAACUCCGCAGAUUUUGUGCAUAGCACUGGGACCGGUGCGAAAAAAGACGGCUCUAAUCAAGGGGAUUCCAGUAGAAAACUCCAAACGACACUUAGUGCUUUAACGGCGGAAGAGCUAAAGAUAGUACGCUUCGCGCGAUCGCAGUAUGAACGACGGGGAGGAUUCGUACGAAUCUUUCCUACCAGUGACAGUAUGACUCGAUAUGCUUCUUUUAUGGAUCCGGUCACGGGAAUCCCCACGUCUGCUGUUACGUCCUCUGGCAGUGGAUCGUACCUGAUGAUCAUUCCGCACAAUUACAAUCAAAUGUUGCAUACGCAAAUGUUUCCGCAGGGCAGUGAUUUGGAGAACCGAAUAGUGCACCGUAUUCAAAAGUAUGAACGCGCACUAGAGAGUACGCUUCCGAUAACCAUCGGUCCGAAGCACACGACCCCGAAAUGCGUCGACGAGGCCAAAAGAUUGAGACUGCAGGUCAGAAAAUUGAUCGAGAAUGGCCAUGAGUUGAGCAUUCUUCAAGCAAGACGUGCUUUUGGUCUAUACUUGGAGUAUAUUCUCAAGCGUCUCUCCUCGGAACCGAAACAUAGCCAUGAGGAGUUGGUGAUGAAGUUUCUGUACAGAGUGGGGGCUCAUAUGAAAACUCCGUUCUUUUUCCGAAAUUUCGGAAACAAAGCACUGGGUAAGGACCGAGGAGCGAUGGUUGCAAAACAGCUCGGAGACUACCUACACUUGUACAAUAAGGAAACGGAGGCGUUUGUGGAUACAUUCGACAUGGUCGGCAUGGUGCCUAUCAAGCUUUUUGACGAUUUCCUGAUGCAGGCCAGUGAGGUGGACGUGGAAUCGGUGCUCACUCUCCACACGAACCUAACUCAAACCAUGCCGUUCCUGUACAGUGGGUGCUCGUCUAGUAUUCCGCCAGCACCGCCCAUUCCGGUGGGGGCGCAUGGUUUUCUCAAGGCACUGCCGUGCAUGGCACCCGGUGGCGCAAACAAAGAACUGAUUCGCUUGGACCCCUACUACAAGAGCAGUGAGGUACGGACAAGCCGAACCGGACUCACGACGGCCGGUGGGCGAGCUGAAUUGCGGGGCGAUAGGAGCCUGCGCCUGUCGCCGAUGAAGAAAAAACCGCCGGUGGGAAAUAUGGUCAAAUCUUCGCGGGAAAGAGACCAACGAUCGAACUGGCUGUACUGAAAUGGGUGUUUCGCGAAGAGCAAGAGUAACAGAAGCAAUUGCGGCCAUUAAGAUGUGUUCUGAAUUAUGUUGUGCAUGAAAUUGUCUGUUUUCAAAUUUUUAUUUUAUACGCGCUAAAGGUGCACUACCUUUGGUAUUUUUAGAUGUAUUGAAUUUAAUUGUGUUAUGAAGUAUUUGAUGCGAUCUGCAUGCGAUGUUUGGGUUUACUUAUUUGGCAUUUUUUGGUAGCUUCUGCUCCAGUUCUUAUAUUCCUGGUUUGAACUUUUUGAAGUUAAUCUCGGCAACUAAGUUGAAUCCACCGAUCUAAAACUACUUUCUUCCAAACUUUUUAAUCCAAAAGUUAUUUUCAUAAUAGGUACUAUUUAUUUAUGCUAGCUAGAAUCCUUAAAUAAUAAAUAUUUAUUUAUUUAUGUCAA